CGUCCGAUCAGAUCAGGUAUGGAUAUCUUUCAGCAGCCUCUUGAGGUAGUGAACAGAACAGCAGGGCCGGUCCACCAUCUGCUUUCUGGUUCUUUUCGCUCUAUUUCCCUGUUUCUUCUUGCAUUUUCUCCUCUCCAACGUUCAAUCGAGCUCGUUCAGACUAUUCCUGCAUUCGGACCCCAUCAAUAUAUCGCACUCAGUCCUUCUGGGGGUGACACACGUUAUGCCUUCACAACAACCUGGGCGCAACCUCCGAAACUUCAUAGUUGGGCUAUUGAUCAAGGGCCACACGUACGCCUCGUCAAUAGCGUCGAAAUAACGGCAACUUCGUCAUACAUUACAGUUCCACCCCCAUUCUCACACAUUUACUCCGCAGGAGGUCCAACCGCACAAGUUCAUACUGUGGAUAGCCAUCGCGGCUUUGGCCCUCAUCUGCAAGAAAUCUAUUUCGUUGCCGAGGAAGAGUGGGAGACAGCUGAUAAAACUCGAAAGGCUUUGGUUAUUUCCCUCCUGUUGGACAGGAAACGCAAAACUGACGGUUGUAAUCAGCGAUAUGGAUCCCAUGGGAUCGAGUUUGCCUUCCCCAUUGGAUCAAUACCACUGGCAUUCAUCCCAGUCCUCGGACGGUCAACCAUCGAGAUCUAUCGACUAGAAGAUGGAGGGAAAUUGAGAUUUAUCGAGUCCAGCUCCUCUCCACAACGAGCCGACGGUAUUUCCAAAGAGGAUGGCCCCCGCCACGUCAAAAUCCAUCCAAAUGGUCGUGUUCUGUAUUGUGUCACUGAACAUUCCAACUAUCUCGACGUCUAUACCAUCAAUGGUGAGGGGGAAACCCCUAUCUUGACCUAUGUGGCUUCCCGGUCACUCCUUCCGCCCUAUGUUCGCGAAGAAGUGGAUGUCAUUCACGAUUAUCGGGGUGAUACUUUAAUUCUGGCACCUUCCACAGCUGGACAACCUGCUCCCCAGAGUAUCUUCGUUUCAACGCGAGGCACUACAGCUUGUGGUUGGGUCAGCGUUUUCCGACUUGACGAUCAAGGCAUGUUCGCAGGUGACAUCGAAAAUAACCCCUACCUCGUCGAACGUUAUGAAGCGCUCACUGGUGGUGGCAAAGCACACGCUCUUGACAUUAUUCCCAAGCAAGACGAUGCUGACGGUGGUUGUUGGCUUGUCCUGACUGACGACUCACCUCCCCAUCCUGGUGUGCGAGUUUUGGAAUGGGAUGGUUGGCUAUGGCGUGGUGGUGGAACUAGACUGAGAGAAGUGGCCUCUUGGCCACCAACAAGCUACAAGCCUAGUGACGGGGACGAAAGAAUGGAGGGUGGCAGUCAUGCCGUGUGGCUCUAG